UCGGGACGGGAUGGGAUCGCGCCCCCCGGGGACCCGCCGCUCUCGGUCCUGUUUGCGUUUGUCCUCUGGCUGAAGCCCACGCACGGCAGAGCUAGGGUUCUACAGGCGGCCUAUGGAUUAUUAGAGGAGUGUGUCCGGGGCAGAGACGGUCCGCUGGUUCCACACGUUGCACCUGAAAUUAAUUCAAGAGGCGCGACAUGUUCACUCGGGACAGGACGAGUUCGGCCCGCGGCUCUGCUGCUCCGGGACGGGACCCCGAGCACCGCAGGUUCACUGUGGAAGGCUGUCCUACCAGGGAGUCCCCGCUGGCUCUGGAGCUCAGUCCCAGGAAGAGGCUUCACUCGGCCGGGGAGGCUCAGUGCAGCAGCCGGCCCCCCCCGGAGGGCGCCGGGUCCGUGAGCGUGUCGGAGCCGGGCCACUUGGAGAGGAGGGAAGGGAAGGUGAACCCCUGCAGACAAUGUCUCCUGAAAGUGGGCGAGCUGAAGCGCCAAGCGUUGGCACUGGCCGACCCCGGAUCCCUCAAGGACCCUGGUUUUGCUGCCUUCCUUUUUGACAAGCUCCAGGUGCCCGAGUGUACUGUGCCAGGUCGGCAUGAGGCCCCAGCCCGUUGUCAGUUGUGUGCCACCCCGCUGCACCAGCUGAGACAGCAGGCCCUGCAGACCCUGGCAACCCUGGCUGACGAGAUGCCCGACCUGCCUCCCUUCCCGGCCACGCACAGCAUGCUGACACUCUCCUCCCCCCGGGACUGGCCACCACCCAAGGCACAUGCUGUCUUGCCAGUGGGGGAACGUCGUCGUGGGUUGGGAUGGCCGCCCGCAGGUUCUGAUGGACCUAAGCCUGCUGUCCAGGUGACAGUGGGAACGGGUGCACUCGGCUCAGUCACCAUCCAGGCGCAGCAGUAUCUGGAGGGUAUGUGGAGCAUAUCCCGCGUCAACAAUUUCCUCCCUCAGCCUGGUCCGACUCAUAGCCUAACCUCAGAUGUGGAGAGGGACAGUGUGGCUGCUGAGGCUCCCAGCGUUUCCAGCUCGAUACCACUUGGGUCUCAGAAAAGUCCCACUCAGCGGGAGCAGACCUCACCUGGGUCACCUCCCCCUGUUCAUGGCACCUCUGCUGCAGCCUCAUUCUUCAUCAGGGCAGCCCAGAAGCUCAACCUCUCGUCAAAGCGCAAGAAGCACCACCCACCUCUGCCAUUGCCUCAGGAGCCCUCAAUCUACCCCACCAGUUUCAGUGCCAUCCUACAGUUGGCCCCACCCCCUGCUCCGCCAUGCUUGCUCCGCGCGGUGUCCAAGGUCAAGGACAACCCAGGGAUGGGGAAGGUGAAAGUGAUGAUGCGCAUAUGCCCUUCGCAAGGUCCUCAUGACUCUUCUGAGUCUAUGUCCUUCAUGAAAGUUGACCCCCGGAAGAAGCAGCUGACCCUUUAUGAGCCUUCUCUCAACACUCAGUCCAACUCAGGGCACCGACGCACUGCAGUGGCUGUUCCAAAGAUGUUUGCCUUUGAUGCUGUUUUCACCCAGGAUGCCUCACAAGCUGAGGUGUGCUCGGGGACAGUGGCAGAAGUCAUCCAGUCAGUGGUGAACGGUGCAGAUGGUUGCAUAUUCUGCUUUGGCCAUGCCAAACUGGGUAAAACCUAUACCAUGAUUGGCAAAGACAACUCUACCCAGAACCUGGGCAUUGUGCCUUGCGCCAUUUCCUGGCUUUUCAAGCUGAUCAACGAGCGCAAGGAGAAGACUGGCACGCGCUUCUCCAUCCGUGUUUCAGCUGUGGAGAUCUCUGGCAAGGAUGAGAUGCUAACUGACUUACUCUCAGAGGUGGCCAGUGGCAGUCUGCAGGAUGGCCAGUCUCCAGGGAUCUACUUGCGAGAGGACCCCAUCUGUGGCACUCAGCUCCAGAACCAGAGUGAGCUUCGUGCCCCCACUGCUGAAAAGGCUGCCUUCUUUCUGGAUGCAGCUAUUGCAGCACGCAGUACCAGUCGGCCAGACUGUGAUGAGGAUGAGCACCGCAACUCGCACAUGCUCUUCACCCUGCACGUUUACCAGUACCGUAUGGAGAAGAGCAGCAAAGGAGGAAUGUCUGGAGGUAGGAGUCGCCUGCAUCUCAUCGAUCUGGGUAGUUGUGAGAAGGUGCUCAGCAAGAGCAGGGACGGUGGAGGUGGUGGCCUGUGCUUGUCCCUGACUGCCCUGGGCAACGUCAUCCUCGCCCUAGCCAACGGAGCCAAGCAUGUCCCUUACAGGGACAGCAAGCUGACAAUGCUACUAAGGGAGUCACUGGGCAACAUCAACUGCCGUACCACCAUGAUUGCUCACAUCUCAGACUUACCUGCCAGCUACGCUGAGUCGCUUACCACCCUGCAGUUGGCUUCACGCAUCCACCGUAUGCGGAAGAAGAAAUCCAAGUAUGCAUCAAGCUCUUCUGGCGGAGACAGCUCAUGUGAAGAAGGCCGAAUCCGGCGUCCCCCACACCUAAGACCCUUCCAUCCUCGAACUGUUGCCCUGGAUCCGGACCUGCCUGCCUUGGUCAGUGAUCCAGACUACUCCUCCAGCAGCGAGCAAUCCUGUGACACAGUAAUCUACGUAGGGCCUGGUGGUGCCGCUAUUUCGGACCGUGAGCUCAGUGACAACGAGGGUCCACCUGCCUUUGUUCCCAUCAUCCCAUCCCUCAACAGAAAGCGCAACAAGGAGGGCCUGGUGGACAGGGACCACUUUAAGUGCAACACAUUUGCAGAGCUACAGGAGCGACUGGAUUGUAUUGAUGGCAGCGAAGAGCCUGCAGUUUUCCCAGGGGAGGGCAAGAGUUCCCAGGCUGGCUCCAAGGCAGAUAGUGGAGCCACUAAAGCAAAAGACAGCACUGUAAUAUCCACAAGGACUCCAACUAAAGCUUCUUCUCAGGAGGCUGUUUCCUCCUGGCAGCCUCCACAGUGUCCUCCUUCUCACCCGAACUGCAGCGCUUCCUUUAAGCCCAAACAAGAACAUCCCAAAUGUCUAGGCGCUGCCCUCAACAAGGGGAUCUCUGAAAACCUGAACCGAACAAGCGCAGAUGGAGAAAAGGGGCUGGCGUCAGAUGGUCAGGUGUGCAUGAUUAAUCAGGGUAGUGUUGCAUCCCAGGACACUGAACCGGUGGUACGGGAGAAGGUGUUCUUCACCAAGAGGCCACUCCCCAAGCCUGCUCCCCCUCCUCCCCAACAGAGAGAACCCAGAGGACCUUACCCAGAAUCAGAGGGAUGUUCUGCCACUAGGAUGCCACCAGUGGGGAUGAGCCACCAAGCCACGAAGCGGGGGGACCAUGGAAGCUCUCCCCUUUCCUGCAGGGCCCAUCCUAUAAGCAGAUCUCCCAUGGAGGUUAGCCACCUACGCUCUGCCUUUAGGGGUAGGUGCUUUGACAGAGAUAUUCUGAGAACAACAGUGACCCUGCAGCAGCCAGUAGAACUCAAUGGGGAGGAUGAACUGGUGUUUACAGUAGUUGAGGAACUAUCCAUAGGCAGUAUUAUAGACAAUGGGCGCCCCUCAAGCAUUAUCAGCUUCAACAGUGACUGUUCCCUACAGGCUUUGGCCUCCGGUUCACGACCAGUUAGCAUUAUCAGUAGUAUUAAUGAUGAGUUUGAUGCCUACACCUCCCAGGCAGGUGUGUCUGCUGUCAGCAAUGAAACUGUAACUCCUUUACCAGAGGAAGCUUUUGUCUGCCCUGAGAGUAGGCGUUCUUCCCUGAGCUCCUGGCUUAGUGAGGUGAGCAUGGGUACACUUGAGAGUGAAGGCAUCCAUUCUACAGACAGGUUUUUACUGCAGCCCAAGCACACGUGUCCAGGGGGAACUUUCUAUUUGGAUUCCCUUGGUAUGUUCCCUAAGGAACCAGCUUCCCCACAAGAUCUCAAGAGCUCAUUAAAUGAUAGUGGCUUCUGCUUCUCGGAGAUGGACAGUGAUAGUGCCACAUCCAGCAAACAGUCCCUGAGUAUGACAAAAUGCCUAUCAUCACCGGACUCUACCAAAGCAUCAGCUAGAGGUUCUAAAAUUACAAAAACUAGUACUCUUAACACCUCACAACCGUCAGCCUCCCCACAAGUAGUUCACUUCAGUCUUCCCAAGAAAAUGAAGCCUACCUCAUCUGUUUCCCAGAACAGCAGCAGUAGCCGUGAGCUACAGAGACAGGAAGGAAAGCCAGAAGACCCCUGGCUUCGUCUUGACAGACCCUCAGACCCUCAAGCCACAGACCCUGCUUCAGCUGGGAAGCUCUCCAAGAAUGGCACAAGUGGAAUACCCUCCAGGAAGCCAGGGAUGAACAGUAACAGUGUACCUCGACCACCUAAGAUGCUUGUGUCUACCUCUUCUCAAAGGGUGGUGGAUGGCUGUGAAAAGUCCAGCAUCAAGAAAAUUGAGGCUCCUAACAAAAUUCCACAGCUCAGGCGUGGAGCAACCACACUAGGCACAGUACCUGUCAUCCACAAUUCCUCAGAAUCCAGAGGAAACCAAGAAGGCACAUCAGGAGCCAUUAGCCUGAAGUUCUCAUCAUUGGGGAAAAAGACAAAUGGACAGAAAGGUAGCAUGCUUCCAAAAUCUGGUUGCACCUCACCUCCUGCUCCACCAGUCCGGAAAUCCAGUCUAGAUCAAAAGAACCGGAUUUUGCUGCCCCCAAGUGCCUUAAAGUCAGCAAGUAUUGAUGGAGGGAGGUCCUCGUCACCCAGGACUGCAGCAUCAGAGGACGAGUUUGAUGUUCGGCUCAGAAGUGAGUCUAGCAACCACAAAACAUCUAGUCUAAAAGCAGACUACAGCUCAGCCAAAGCAACAUCCAGUCUCAAAGCCAGAGGAGCCAAAGGAGAUGCUGGACAGUGUUAUGAAAGUCAGACAUCCCUAGAGAGAUGUGAAAGCUUGACUUCAGUGGGAUCCAAGCCAGGUCUCUACAGAGAGAAUAGUGGAGCCAGCCUGGGAAGUAAUGGCAGGUCCAGUCGGUCAGUGCCCAGGCUUGGAACACCGUUGUCUGCCUCUACUUCUUCUGCUACCUCAGCAUCUCCCUGUGCCGCUCCGGGUACUCCAGGCAAGACAGGCCCAUUGAAGGGCAGCAUCAACCUCAAAUCUGUUGGUAUCAAUGGAAGCAAGGCCCGCUCAGUGUCUGUAAACAGUUCAAAAACCCUGAGCUCUUCAACCAAAUCCCUUGCUGCUCCAAAUAUGCGGAACACUAAUUUACCUCCUACUGGAAAGACAGGUCCCCGAUCUGUGACAGGGGUUAAUGGCAAGCCUGGGAGGGGCACCAUAAUGGGAACAAAACAAGCCAUCCGUGCUGCCAACAGCAGAGUCAGCGAACUUGCAUCCGGUGGCCCCGGGAAGCAUUUCAGGAGCUCUGGGGACUCUGACAGUGGAAAUGACAGUGGUGUGAACCUCAGUGAUGAUAAGCCCUCCCCUUUGGCUCUGCCGUCCCCCUACAGCAAGAUCACAGCCCCACGGCGACCGCAACGCUACAGUAGUGGACAUGGUAGCGACAACAGCAGUGUGCUCAGUGGUGAGCUGCCACCUGCUAUGGGCCGCACCGCCCUCUUCUAUCACAGCGGCGGAAGCAGUGGCUAUGAGAGUAUGAUCCGGGACAGUGAGGCCACGGGCAGUGCCUCCUCUGCUCAUGAUUCAAUGAGCGAGAGUGGAGUAUCUUCUUCAGGGCGUACCAGAUCCUCCAAAUCGCCCAAGAAGAGGUCCAAUGGUCUCCAGAGGCGACGUUUGAUCCCAGCCCCCUUGCCAGACACCUCAUCCCUGGGGAGGAAACCCUCCACUGGCCAGUGGGUAGACUUGCCACCCCUGCUGCCUGGGACUCUGAAGGAACCCUUUGAGAUCAAGGUGUAUGAAAUUGAUGAUGUAGAGCGGCUACAGAGGCGACGACAGGAAGAUGUAGCUGAGCAGCCAUUUCAGGAUGUUGAAAAGGGCCUGCUGUACUUCAACACCAAGCUGAAGCUGGUCGAGAGGCGGCAACAACAGAUCCGGGAGCUGAGGGCCAGGCAUGAGAUGCUGAAGGAAGAACUGGAGGACACCAAGCGUAGGCUGAUGAUGGAUCCAAGCAAGUGGAUAGGAGAGUUCGAAGUAGACCAGGAUUUGGACAAGGAAUCACAGGAGUACUUGGAGGCCCUUGAGCAGGUCACCGAUGAACUUGAGUACUGUGUCAACCUGUGCAAGUCGCGUGUCAUGAUGGUGACCUGUUUCGACAUUGGUGUGCCAGUUGACACACAAGAUGGCCCACGGGAAGUGGAAGUGUGAGAGCAGGACAGAGGGGACACAGGAAGUCAUUUUGGAAGGACAGAGAAGAGUAGCAGCUAGUUUGAUGAGAUGCUGACAGGAGAGGAUGUUGCCCACAGCAACAGCUACGACUACGUAAAACGGGAGAUGUAAGUGGACCUUUGCAUGGAAGUAGCAACCAUUUGUUUUGCAGAAAAAAAAACCUUCUGGCAUGCGGUGGUACUGGACACAUUAGAGAAAAAGAAAACUUAAAGUGAUGCAGUGAAGUUUCUGCCUUUACUGCUUAGCAAUGGAGAAGAGAGGGCUUUGCUGUCAUAAACCAAGACUGAUUCAACAUAAUUCCAAAGUGCCUUUUUCUACAGACUGAUUUGGGUGAAUAUUUUUUGUAUUGGUGCUAGUAUGAAAACCAGCAUACCUAAGCAAACCCUAGACAUAUUGCUUUUAAAAGAAGAACCAUAUUUUGUAUUGCAUUGUACAGUGUAUUUAUAUGGUCAUACAGUAUGUAAAAAUAUCAUUUUAGGUAAGAAAAAAAUAAAAUGAGGAAAAAAGAUGAGCAAUAAGCUAAUGUUAUUGCAUCCUGAACAUGCCUUUCUCAUGCAAAAACCUCAGUCAGUAUGUGCCCUGAUCAUGUAGCCUAUGGACCUUUAGGUUUCUUUCUAGUUCUGUCUUUUUUCUGGAAAUGUAACCUUAAAAACUGUUCUGUUGCUCAGUGGAGGGCAAGACUCACUAUUGUAACAUCACUUCUGUUGGCCAGUCAGUGAAGCUUGCUGAAUGGCAGAACUGUUCCAUCCCUCCAGUUGCCUUGAUCAAGGGGGCCUCAGUGGGCGUUGUGGAAAGUGGUGGGUGAUUCGACCCUCUGCAGCGUGCCUGCAUUUGUUUUUUUAGUUGGAGUUGUGGCCUUGGCAGCCCAUUCAUCUUCACAGCUGCCACUGUGCAGGUCUGUCUGGAAGCCACUGUGGAGUGAAGCUCAACAAAGCUCACCAUGGCCUGGGUGCUUAAGUCACCCUAAGAAAAUUGCCCAGCAGACAGAGUGCUCAGCUAUUGCAGGGUAAGAAACGCCACGUAAGGCCCCUAGGUGCCCAGAUGGCACGUGUAAAGCAGUCAUUACAGCCCCUUUGGGGUGGGGGGUACACCAGGGGGCUUCUAGCCUAGUUCUAUGCAUUUGACUCCACUUGCUCCACCAAAAACCUCAAAUCAGCACAGAGGGCUUGACCAGUCUGUGCUCCAUGGUCACAUAGAACCCUGGUCUAAGCCACGUUUCAGUGCACUAGGCUUGGUAUUUUAGUUCUUUUAUCUCAGAUUUGGGGUCCAUGCGAACAUUGCUGAAGCAGGUGUACCAGUUGUGAACCAUUUCUGUUUGUGCAUACACAGAAUUUACCAGUUACCCGGAAAGCCCUUCAGUAGUGGCGCCACAGACCGAGAUGUCACAGCUUCGGUAAUUGCUAGUGUGUUACUGCUUGUUUUUUCCUCCUUUUUGAAAAAGAAAAAAAAAAAAACAGGUUAUUAACCCAUUUGGGUUUACAGAAGUUAAAGACAAACUCAGACAAACUGGCUUUUGUAUUGUCAUUGAUGACUAUUUAGUUUUGUUAGGUUUUUAUAACUCUGAAACCUUUGUUACUGUUUUUCCAACUAAGUAUACUCUCAGGCCCUUUCUGAAGAUGCUGCAUGAGAUUUUUAUUAAUCCUUUUGUAUUAUCCUUGUUUUUGCUGUACUCUUAUUUUGUAAUAAAAUCCCUGGCUUUCAUGAAUGCACAGUUAGUUACAUGAACUGACUGACUAUUGCCAAACAAACUUUUUUAAAGAAAGGUAAUAAUGUAUGUAAGGUCACAUUUCAUAUCAGAUCAUAUUUUCUAAUGUCUCUGGUUUUGUACAGGGAUUCUUGAUCCUGUGUAUAGAUGUAUAGUAUUCCAG